AUGGCGGCACAGACAGCGCGCGACCGCAAGAAGCAACGCACCGGGAAGCUGGAGGAAGCGAGGAUCCUGGACGAGAUCGGCCCACUGGAUGAGGAGUGCUGCGGAGCGCAUCCAGCGCACGCCGACCUGGCGCCAGAACUCGGCCGAUUUUGCGAGAAGAUACUCGACGAAACUGCUGGCCCUGCUACGCCUCUGGGUAUCGCGGAGCCCGAAUCCGAGGAAAGCCGCCGCACGCCUCCACUGGGUCGCGCAGCAUCGCAUAUCGCUGUAGCAGCAGCAGCAGCAGAUUAUUCUUCAGAUAUGGAACAGCCGCCGCCAGCACCUCUACCAGCAGCGCCAAACGUCCAGUGCACCGAGUUCUUUGAUGUUACUGAUGUAAGCAAUACUACAGUUGCUGCUGCUGCUUCUGCCUGUGAUUCGGAAUAUUCACUGAGUUUUGCUGCUUGCGCCUCAAGUCCGCCUCCGGCAAAUUUCCCCUCUCCUUCUGCUACUAAUUCGUUGUCCCCUACGUGCACAUCGCAUUCCGUAUCGUCCACAGCUGAUUAUUCGGGGUGUUUGCUGCCGCUCGCCGAUUCGUCUGUUUCUUAUGACAGUAUCUGUGAUGAACUGGUCGAUUUUUGCUCUCCGCUGAUCAACGACUGCGAUCCGAUGCUCUCUCUCCAGGCCUGGGAAGACUUUUCUCCGGCAACCCCUUAUUCGCCUUGCAGCUGCUGA